AUGCUCGCCGCACAGAGCCGGUCUAGUUCUUCCCAGGCCCGCCUAGUAUACCACUGCACAAGAUCUUUACAUUCAACCCCCGCCAGCUUUUCGAGCCCCUCCGACUUCCGCUCUAGUAUCUCCGGCCAAGGCUUCACUGGAUAUUAUGAGCCAGGUGAAACCGAAGGUCCUCUACGGAAAGCCUCUAAUAUUGGCGCUCCCAAGAUCACUCCACGCGCCCUCAAAAAGCAUCUUGACCAGUUUGUAGUCGGCCAGGAGAGAGCAAAGAAGGUCCUCAGCUCGACCAUCUACAAUCACUAUCAGAGAAUCCAAGAAAUUCAGCGUCAGCAUGAGGAAGCGCAAGAGAUACUCGAGCGUCAGGCCAGGCGGUCGAGACAUCCUGUAGAAGAUGAAUUUCCCGGCCAUCACGCUACCAUACACGCUUGGGUCCCACCCUCUCCACCUCCAUCGCCCUCCCUCGACGACUCAUCCCCCCUGACUAUCGAAAAGUCCAACAUCAUGCUGCUUGGUCCAUCGGGAGUUGGAAAAACACUUAUGGCAAAAACACUGGCUCGCGUGCUCGACGUACCCUUCAGCAUGUCGGACUGUACUCCAUUCACACAAGCUGGCUAUAUCGGCGAGGACGCGGAUGUAUGUGUACAGCGCCUAUUGGCCGCCGCGAACUACGAUGUGGAAAAGGCUGAACACGGAAUCAUCUGUCUCGACGAGAUCGACAAGAUUGCCACAGCCAAGGUGUCGCACGGCAAAGAUGUUGGCGGAGAAGGCGUGCAACAGGCAUUGCUCAAGAUCAUCGAGGGCACUACUCUACAAAUACAAGCCAAGCAAGAAAGAGGGAACAACGCAAAUCGCAAUAACAACCAGUAUCCGACCAGUUCGCCCACCAACAGUCCACUGAGUAGUGGUGGCGCGGCUGGAGGAAUGGGCCAGCCACCAGGCAAGAGCGAGGUCUUCAACGUGAACACAAGCAACAUUCUAUUCAUAUGCACCGGUGCAUUCAGUGGAUUGCACAAAACAAUUCUUGAUCGUGUAGCAAAAGGAGGCAUAGGAUUUGGUGCCAAUGUGCGUUCAAGCACAGCUCAAGAUGGUGGAGCUCAGGAGACAACCAUCACCGAUGACGACGAAAUGAUCCGCAAACAUCUUCCCUAUUACAUGCCACCAGCUUUUGAGGAGGACUCAUACAAUCCCACUCAAAAAAGCAAGAAGGCCAAAUACAACGUCUUGGACCUUGUUGAGCCGCAAGAUCUGCAAAAGUAUGGCAUGAUACCUGAGCUAGUCGGCCGCAUACCAAUCUCUUGUGCACUGUCCGCGCUGGACGUGGAUGCCUUGGUCAAAGUCUUGACGGAGCCGCGAAACUCAUUGUUAAAGCAAUACGAACAGCUCUUCCGGCUUUCCUCAAUAGAGCUUAGAAUCACAACGGCCGCCCUUCAUGCCAUUGCAGAGACUGCCUUCACCAUGGGAACUGGUGCCAGAGGUCUUCGCACUGUUUUAGAGAGGCUCCUUGGAGAGAGCAUGUUUGAAGCUCCUGGCUCAGACAUCAAACACAUUGCCAUAACUGAAGAUGUAGCCAAGCGGAACUCACCAGCACUCUACUUCACUCGAGACGGGAAAACGAGAUUCAAUUCUCUCAUUGCUAGAGAGGAAGAAGAAUGGGAAGAUCGCAAACGCGGCGAAGAGCCCAUGGAAAGUGAGUUUGAGCGCAGAGCAAGAGCGAACAGCCGCGGCGGACAUGCGACGACUUUUGAAGAAUACCGUCAGAAAGCCUCUGCCGCCGGAUUUACAUGA